CAAAGAAAUUGUUACGCAUUUAAAUUAUUUUACUGCAAGAAAGCAACAAUGUAUUGUUUGCGUGUGAGGCUCAACCGCUUUUUAAAAAGGUUAUAAAAGUCAAUUCCCAGUCAAUACGCUUCUUCUUCUUCUUCUUUUUCGCUAGCCCCCGAUAAUUAAUACUAUCACUGCCAAUUCUUCAAAAAUUAAAAACGCAGAAUUUUUGUAAUUUUAUAAUGUAAUUUCAUCAAAAAAAAAAAAAAACGCAGAAUUCCUUAAACAGCAUCCCAGUUUUUCUUCACGAAGAUGAGAUGAGAUGACUAAACCCAAAAACUUCUUCCAAAACCUCCUCAAACCCUUCACAUCCAGCUCCAAUAGAGAUCAAGACGAAGAGGACUUGGGGAGAAUUGCAGAGCGAGAGCAGAAAAAUUUCUCCUUUGAGGCCCUUGCUGCAGCAACUAAAAAUUUUCAUCCCUCUCAUAAGCUUGGAGAAGGGGGUUUUGGCCCAGUUUAUCAGGGAAAGUUGAGUGAUGGGAGAGAAGUAGCCGUGAAGAGGUUGUCACAAAGGUCUGCUCAGGGGAAUAAGGAGUUUCUGAAUGAGGCAAAGCUGUUAUCACGUGUGCAGCACAAGAAUGUCGUGAAUUUGUUGGGAUAUUCUAUUCGCGGAGAAGAAAAGCUGCUUGUUUAUGAAUAUGUUGUGAAUCAGAGCCUCGAUAAGUAUCUUUUCAAGGGUGACAAAAGAGAGUUGCUGGACUGGAAACGACGGCAUGAUGUGAUAGUAGGUGUGGCGAAGGGCCUGCUCUAUCUUCACGAACAAGCUCAUUGUACCAUCAUUCACCGGGACAUCAAAGGCAGCAAUAUCCUACUAGAUGAGAAAUGGGUUCCCAAGAUUGCUGACUUUGGCAUGGCACGGCUUUACCCAGAAGACCAAACACAUGUUCAGACCCGUGUAGCUGGUACCAAUGGUUACAUGGCACCAGAGUAUCUCUUGCAUGGCAAUCUCUCCAAAAAAGCCGACAUUUUCAGCUUUGGGGUUGUGGUUCUCGAGCUGAUCAGCGGACAAAAAAACUCCACUUUUGCUCGAGAUCCAGAUUCAGAUAGCCUGCUCGAAUGGGCGUAUAAGCUUUACAAAAAGCAAAGGAGCUUCGAGAUCAUGGAUCCAAUACUGGUGUCAUCAGCAGAUAUGGAACAGAUACCUACACUCGUACAAAUUGGGUUGCUCUGUGUCCAGUCUGAUCCACAAUCGCGGCCAGACAUGGACCGUGUGGUGGUGCUGCUGUCAAGAAAACCGAGUCAUCUUGAAGAACCAAGGAGACCGGGAGUACCUGGGUCGAGACAAAGGCGAUACCGUACCGGAACCAUGUCAUCAGCCACCGGGAAUUCUGAGGGGUCGAGUUCAGGAUCGUUCGGGUCCACAAAUACGCAAAGCGCCUCAACAACUGCGACUGCGACUACAUCAUCGAGCCUUGCGAAUACCCGGUUACAUCGCCAUGGAAAGCGUCCUAUCUAAGAUUAGAGCAUCACAUUCUUUCGUAUAUACAUUAGUUUCUUUGUUUUCUUUAUUUUUAGAAAAGAUGAUUCAUCUUUUCUUCCUUUUGGCCCGCUCAGAAUACUGUGUAGCCUAAUUGAUGUUUUGCUCGUGUACAGAGAUAGAUUUUUAAUACAUAUUUAUAUUUAUUUUUUA